AAACUGAGGGGCGAUCCGCACAGAGAGAGACACAGAGACACAGAGGGACGUCUCGGCUGUGGCUGUGAUGCUCGGCCACGGCUUCAAGAAACGUAUAACAGAGGCUGCCCGAGUGCUAGGGGGUGGCUCUCUCCUGUGUUUAGCUUAUUGCACCGCUGCAGGGGAUGAGAAGUUUUACGUCCGUCACCUAAUGCCCAUCUUGCAGAGAUUUGUGGACCCGGAAACAGCCCACACACUCUCUGUGUGGUUUAUUUCGCGGGAAUUAAUCCCACUGUCAAGACACAAGGAUUCCUCGAUGCUGGAAGUAAAAGUGUUUGGCCAAACCUUCAAGAACCCUGUCGGGAUUGCAGCUGGGUUCGACAAACACGGCGAGGCGGUGAAUGGGCUUUACAAGAUGGGCUUCGGAUUUGUAGAGAUAGGAAGUGUCACACCCGAACCCCAGGAAGGAAACCCCAAGCCUAGGGUCUUCAGACUGCGGUCGGAUCAGGCUGUCAUUAACAGGUAUGGCUUUAACAGUCAUGGGCAUUUAGCUGUACAGCAACGGCUUCAAGGACGGCGGGAAACCCAGCAGCAGCUAACAAAAGACGGAAGACCUUUGGGAAUAAAUCUCGGGAAAAACAAGCUCUCGGCAGAUGCUGCCGCUGACUAUGUAGAGGGAAUGAGGAGACUGGGACCACUGGCUGAUUACUUGGUGGUGAAUGUCUCCAGCCCCAACACACCAGGCUUAAGAGCUCUUCAGGACAAGGGGGAGCUGCGUCACCUGCUGGGCAAGGUGCUGAAGGAACGAGAUAAUCUGAAAGGAGGUCAGAAACCAGCUGUGCUUGUAAAAAUUGCUCCAGAUCUGACAGCUCAGGAUAAAAAAGACAUUGCUGUUGUUGUGACUGAGCUGGGAGUAGAUGGACUUAUCGUAACAAACACUACAAUCAGACGGCCAGAGUCGCUCCAGGACCCCCUGCGGACUGAGCCGGGUGGGCUGAGCGGAGCUCCCCUGAGGGAGAUGUCUACCCAGGCUGUGCGAGAGAUGUACCUCCUCACCAAAGGAAGGAUUCCUAUUGUUGGGGUGGGUGGGAUUGGCAGCGGAGCGGAUGCUCUCGAAAAGAUCCGAGCGGGAGCCACAUUAAUCCAGUUCUACACUGCCCUCACCUACCAGGGACCACCCGUGGUAAACAAAAUCAAGCGUGAGCUGGAGCAGCUGUUAAAGGAACAGGGAUUUUCUAGUGUUGGAGAAGCAGUGGGUGCGGAUCACAAAGCAGAAGGUGGACGACUAAUAGCUCCUGUAACAAAGCACAGGCAAGUUAGUGCAACGGGGCCAGCUAUCACGUAACCACGCGUUGAGGAGAGGCAAUGAGAGGAGAGGUGGAACUACAUCGGGAUCAUUACACAAUCCUGCGUACAAUGCUUUCCAUUUUCCAAGUGAGAUGAGCAGAAAGGCCUGGAGCCUUCGUGGGAAAAUUGCGAUACCGCAUUCUGCUGCGUCCCCCUGUGGAGUUGGAAGCAAUGUCUACUUAAAAAGUGACGUGUUCAUAAAUAAACUGAAUUUC